AUGAGAAGCUUCAACCCUUUGAGACGGGCAUUCCAAGCAACCGCCCACCCCAUCCUAACCCAUCCCCAUCCCCUCCGCACAACAUGUCACCUUCAAGCAUCCAAGCCCCAAAAUGAGAUACUGCUUGAAAGAUGCAUCCUAAACCCCGAACACUCAGAAACCUGCCAAUCAGGCACAGACGAUGAAGUAGGCCGUCACAAAUCUCCCUACGACCCAACCAACACAACACCCGAGCAGGAACAUCUCGCACUAGAGGAAGAAUACAGACUGGAAGGGGACACUGUGCAUGACCCUCUAUUCUUCAGUCCUGCGAAUAAGGAUGUCAGCUUGAUCCUCGAUCCGAUGGCUGGUGUAGUGCACACUCUGAAGCAUUUGAGGAGUGUAAAGGGGUGGUCUAAUAAGCGGAAGGAGGUACUUUUGAACACGGCACCUUAUGAAAUGAGGAAAUAUGAUAGUGUUUUUACGGAGCUGAGGAAGCCGUUCGGAAAGGUUUGUUGA